CGCCGUGUACACGGCUGACCGCCGCAUACGGUGGAACGGAACGGCCACGUAUGCGACGACGGUCGGCAGUCAGUGCCAGAUAGUUGUUCGACCUGUAAGUGAUUGGACGUGUGAUGAUGCUGCGAAAGUGUCUGACGAUCUUGCCGCUUCUCCUCCUCGGCGUGCUCGCUGAUGACAAGUUCGUCCUGGAACUCAGCGAUGAGACGUUCGAGAGCGAGCUCGCGCGUCACGAGAAUACGCUCGUCAUGUUCUACGCACCAUGGUGUGGACAUUGCAAGCGCUUAAAACCGGAAUACGUUAAGGCAGCUGAAUUGCUCUUAGGCAGCGAACCACCAAUCACACUGGCUAAUAUAGACUGUACAGGAGCUGGAAAGGAGACCUGCAACAAAUACAGUGUUAGUGGCUACCCGACACUUAAGAUCUUUGAAGGUGUUGAAAUGAGAUCUGACUACAAUGGACCCAGAGAAGCACCUGGCAUCGCCAAGUACAUGAAGUCUCAAGUAGGACCCGCGUCCCAGGAAUUGACUAAUGAAAAGUCCUAUAAGACCUUCUUAGAGGGCGACGAUGUUGCUGUGGUGGGCUAUUUCGAGAAGGACGAUUCUCCGCUGGCUGCAGCAUACCUCACGGUCACUAAAAAGCUCCGAGGAAAGGCCAAAUUUGCGCACACCACGACGGAGCAGCUGUUAGAGUCGGCAGGACACAAGAACACUAUUGUGCUCUACCGGCCAAAACACUUGGACAACAAGUUCGAAUCUAAUAACGUGGUAUACGACGGCGGUGACUCCAUCAGCGACAUCAAUGAAUUCAUCAGCAAGAACUAUUUCGGUUUAGUCGGUGUUCGCACGCGCGACAACAAGGAAGAGUUCAAGAAUCCCCUGGUGAUUGCCUACUACAACGUGGACUACGCGAAGAACGCCAAGAGCACCAACUACUGGCGCAACAGGAUUAUGAAGGUCGCCAAGGGCUUCCCCGAGUACAACUUCGCCAUAUCUUCCAAGGACGACUUCCAGCACGAACUUAAUGAGUACGGCAUCGAGUUCGUGAAGAACGACAAACCAGUGGUCCUGGCGCGAAACGCCAAGAACCAGAAGUUCCUGCUCAAAGAGGAGUUUUCUGUCGACUCAUUCGACUCGUUCCUGAAGGACAUGCAAAGCGGCACGUUGGAGCCGUACCUCAAGUCCGAGCCGAUUCCAGAUAGCAACACUGGUAACGUGAAGAUCGCGGUGGCCAAGAACUUCGACGAGGUGGUCAACAACAACGAUAAGGACACACUGAUCGAGUUCUACGCGCCGUGGUGUGCUCACUGCAAGAAGCUCGCGCCGAUAUACGAUCAGCUAGGCGAGAAGAUGGCGGAUGAGGACGUAGAGAUUGUAAAGUUCGACGCCACGAUGAAUGACGUGCCGGCGCUUUACAACGUGCGCGGCUUCCCGACCCUCUAUUGGGCGCCCAAGGACUCCAAGGACAGCCCGAUGGAGUACGACGGCAAACGCGGCCUUGAAGAUUUCAUCGAGUACAUCGCUAAGCACGCCACCGAUCAGCUCAAAGGCUACGAUCGCAAGGGCAAGCCGAUUAAGCCCAAGAGCGAUGAGUUGUAAGUGACGUUAUCCACAAGAGAGAGAGAGAGAGAGAGAAAGAGAGAGAGAGAGAGAGAGAGAGAGAGAGAUCGCGAAGUUCGUUCCCGUUACAUUUCAAGACCGUAACAUGUCUCAAUGGAACAAUCCGUUAGAAGACGUUUACCUUACGUAACACGCGCAAGCACAGCGAAGAACGAGGCGUUUAGAAAUGAGCAUAAGUCGAUAAUUCGUGAAGACUCUCCUUUAAAUGCAACGUCGUGUUUUAACACGGACUUUGAACAGCCUAUUUUCAACAAUCUUAAAUCCACAUACUCGAGGAAAUUUGGAGGAAUGACUCGACGUUACGGAGCUGUAGAAGGUUCAUUGUAUUUCAUAAGCCCCAAUUUUCAGUCGUUUGAAACUCCGACUUGAAACAAUUUAGAAGCAUAGUCGUCUCGGUUGAUCGCGGACUUUGCUCUGCCUCUGAACAAAUCAAACGUCGCCGGCGGGAAUCGCGUAUAAAUCGGGAACAAACCAAGUCUGCAAACCAAGAGUGCAAAUAACGUAACGUUGUCGCGCGAGACGUUUGCAAUAAGUGCGAAAAGAGAGUGGAGAACUUUGAACUUUCGGGAGUGUGUCCUCUAAUAGGAUUCUGUCUACAUGUAUUAUUGUACACUUUGUAACAAUUGCAUAAGAACGCGAGAGACGCGCUCGCGCGAGCGU